UUAAGGAGUGUGUAUAGAAUUGCAUGAUAUGACAUGUCCAUAAAUAGGAACGUUUAACUCCGCUAAUGUCCGGCGGCGAUCGUAAACAUUUAUCCCGAGCUUGACAGGUGAGCUUUUUCCAUCGACAACCAACCGUGCAAACACCUAUAGCCCAACAACCAUUGAAUUGCUUAUAAAAUAGAAUUCUCUACGCUACCCGUCAUUAUGGAAGCACCUAGGAAUCGAAAGCAACGACGAGCAGCAGCCGCCGCCUCCAAGAGCGACGCCGACUCAACCUUCGAUCCGUCCUCCAUCCCGAUGGCCCAUCCACCCCGAAACACCACAAAGGACCCGAAAGAGAAGACACUAGUCGAAUUGAUAGCUGAACGGGAGAAUGAACUUCUAGGUCUGGGUCAUGACAGGAGUUCGACCGGAACGGGCGGUUCGACCCCAGGGAUGGAGACCCGAUUCGUGAGCAUCGACCCGACGUCCGGCGAGAUCUCCAACUUGGACGCAUCCGAACUCCCAAACAAACAACAAGGAACGAAAGGAUCUAUCACGGGGUCAUCGUCUGACGAGAAUUCAAGGUCGGAGGAAGACGAGGACGCGCCAAUCCCACCGUUCAUCGACACGGUGCUGCUCUCCGUGCCCCUGACGACGUUACACAUGACGUUAGCGUAUCUCGCGGCUCAUCAAUACGCAGAAUACAUCGUGUUGGACAAACUUAUCCGCGAAUCCGUAUUUGUUGCCUUUCCGAUCUUGACAUUUGCUAUUCACUUGGCACAUGGACAUAUUGUGUCCUUCGGUGAUGCUCAGAGCUCAGAACACGUAUCGCUCAUCCCGUUCCACCGAGAUAAACUCUCGAUCGCGUUUCUUCGAAAACUGCUUUUCCCACCGUCAUUGCGGACGAUGGUCUUCCUUCCGCUUGCUAUCUACCUGGGGGCUAAGCUGAUGGCUAUGACCAACGAAGAGCCAUACUACGCUGUCAUGAAGCGAGCACCUUCUAUUGGGACACUGUGGGUGUGGAGCAUUUUGGAAAUCCCAGUAGGUGCGGCUGUAUUGGGAGCACUAGGGCCAAUGAUCUGGGGUGUGUGGUGGAAGGGUUACGGCAUUGUCUGAGCGGGGACACACGGCAGCAGUUACCGGAGAGUCCGAAUAUCUUUGACCAGGGAUGUCCUGCCCGACAUGUGCUUACGCUGCUUCAAUUCGAUUUCACAUUAUUUCAU